AUGAAUUCAUACGAAAGUCUCGGCUAUACUUCGCACACAAACACCACUUCACCGCACAUUCACUACACAGACAUCACAUCCCAUACCAAACGCACCAUUCAUUACAACAAUGGUUAUGACAAACACAGCACAGGCUUACGGAUCACAGACCCGUUGGACCACAUGAAUGAUAUCCAUAUACCAGAGGGUCAGUCGCUAUCAGACCUACCUAUCCAUCGACCGCUUAUGGACUAUAGAAACCAAUUCAAUGAAUUAGAAGGCAAUAAACUACAGGAACUUCUGUCAGCCGCACAGGGUUUGUGCGAAAACGAUAGGAUAUCCCUAAUUAAGUACGGCCUGUUUGAACUGUUUUUCAUCCGGUCAAUUAUUAAUUACAAUGCCAAACAACAGUAUUGGAGAGUGCCCCUGCUAAAUAGGACCGCUAUAUUACGGUUGGAAAUUAUGCAAUACUUUCCCAAAAAUAUAUAUUAUUUAAGCAGGAUAUUUUUGCAUAAAAUAAUGCUCGAGUGGGAAAACGAUUCCGUGAUUCUGGACUUGUGUUUAACCCAACACGGCCUCACCUUUUACAUAGAGAUUGCAUAA